GAGUACUGGCCAGUGCUGCCAACAAGCUCAAAUAAAUUUGUUGUUGUUUGUUUUUUAUUCAUUUAUAAACAACUAGUUUAUUUUCAAUAAAAAAAAUAAUGAUAACUCAAUAAUAACAAGUUGUUUUAUUUGACAAAUAAACAUGUAAAAAAAAUUAACUGUAAUGAUAUUAAUUAAAUAAUAAACAAAAUAUAUUUUGGAUAAUAAUUGUCAACAAACUGGCAGAUAAAAACAAGAAUAAACAUGGCAGAAUCAUUGUUGACACUUGAUGAAGGUCCCCAAUCACCAGAUAUAUUUUCUGAUCAUGAUCAAACAUUAGAUUCAAUUCCAUCACCAAAUUAUGAUGAAGCAUUUGAUGUUGAUCAAAAUGAGCCAGAAUUAUCAGACAACACACCAGAAUGGAAAGGCAUUAGUAUGGAUGAAAUUCACAAAGGUCUUGGACCUUUUGGUUUGCAACAACAUCCACCAAUUGUACCAUCAAACACUCAUGCUGUUUUAUUUCGUUUACCACUUGAUAAUCGAGGACCACCGAAACCAUAUCCAACAAAUCCAAUUGACAAAUGGUCUGUAAAUUAUGUCAGAAUGCCAAAUUCAAAACACAGUCUUUAUCCAAUUGAACAUGAAAAUAAACCACGUGAAUUUCGAUUGAGAUGGGAAGUAAUUCAAGAAGCAUUAUUACAAAAUUUUGUUUCUGUUUCACAACUAGAAACAGCAAUAUUUUCUUACAAUGAUAAAUAUGCCCUGAGAUGGGAUUUUAAAGCACUACAUAAUUUUUUUUUUGAUGUAAUGGAAGAAGGUGAAACUGAAAUAUUUUUUCAACAUUUACUUCCAAAAAUAAUACAACUUGCAUUACAAUUACCAAGGCUUAUAACUGGUCCAAUACCAUUAUUAAAAUGUCAUAUUAAUGCAUCAAUUAGCUUGAGUCAGUUACAAGUUGCUUCAUUAAUUGCAAAUGCAUUUUUUUGUACAUUUCCAAGAAGAAAUUCAACAAAUCCACAAUCAGAAUAUUCACAUUAUCCAUCAAUUAAUUUUAACAGAUUAUUUUCAUGUUUCAAUGAAGAAAGACCAGACAGAUCAUCAGCUGUUGUUGAAAAAUUAAAAGCAAUUUGUCACUAUUUUCGUCGUGUAACAGCUUCAACUCCAGAAGGAACAAUAACAAUUCAACGUCGUUAUAUACCAAAAGAAAAUUGUCCAAGAUGGGAUAAAUUAACAGAUCAAUUGAGUCAACUUCAUAUUACAAGUAAAGGAACAAUUGAAGCUGAAGGUGCUGGUCUUCUUCAAGUUGAUUUUGCCAAUAAAUAUUUGGGAGGUGGUGUAUUGGGUUGGGGAUGUGUACAAGAAGAAAUAAGAUUUGUUAUUUGUCCAGAAUUAAUGGUGACAAUGCUGGUAACAGAGGCACUUGAUGAUACUGAAGCAUUAAUUAUAACUGGUGUUGAACAAUAUAGUAAAUAUAAAGGCUAUAGUAGUACAUUUAAAUGGGCUGGUGAUUUUAUUGAUGAAACACCACGUGAUAAUUGUGGAAGACGUAGAACAUCUGUUCUUGCUAUUGAUGCAUUAUGUUUUUCACAAGCUGAAGCACAAUUUAAAAGUAGAAAUAUUAUUCGUGAACUUAACAAGGCUUAUGUUGGAUUUAGUUCUUCAGAAAUGCAUCAUGAUGAUUUAUCAGCAAUUGCAACUGGUAAUUGGGGAUGUGGUGCAUUUCGUGGUAAUCCACAGUUAAAAGUACUGAUACAAUUAAUGGCUGCUGCUGUUGCUAAAAGACCUAUGGUUUAUUUUACAUUUGGUGAUAAAAAAUUACGUGAUAGUGUUGCUGAAAUGUACUGGCAUCUUGUUGAUCGCAAUAUCGAAAUUGGCAAUUUAUUUUGUUUACUGAGACAGUAUGAAGAUGAAUCAUCAACGACAAAUCAUUUGGAUUUUUAUCGUUUCUUGUUUAAUAGAAGUAAAAUUAAACCGUUGACAAAAUAUUUUAAUAUUUUACAAAAACCAAAAAGUCCUGAAAUCUAUGAAGUACCAAUUGAAACGAAAAAUUUAAAAGAAAUUAAUAAUUUAAAAAAACCAACUGUUAAAAAUACCAGUGAAGUAAUUGUUUUAAAAGAAGUUGAUAAUUUAAAAAAACCAAUUGAUAAAAAUACCAGUGAAGUACUUGAAAUUAAAAAUUUUGAUGAAGAAGAAAAUUCAAAAGUACGAGAUUUAAUUGAUAAUUAUUGUCAUGAAUUUGAUGCUGUUUUUGAUAAAGAUAAAAAACAAAAUGAUAAAUUAAUAACUCCAGUAGUUAAGAAAAAAGAACGAUCACUUUGGAAUGUCAUUGCUGAAAAUGAAUCAGUUGAAGACAGAGUUGAUAACAAGCCAACAAACCAACGUUACUCUAGUUUAAAUUUAUUUGUCAAAAAAUCACCAUCAACAAUAACAAGCCCAGAAAAUAAACAAAUAAAUUUCGAAAAACCAUCAUCACAUAAAAAGAAAAAUCCAUUUAAAAAAAAUUCAAUUGUACAAAAAAGUCCAGCUGUUUAUAAAAAAGGUCAAACAAAAAUAAUUGAUUUUUUUACAUUAAAAAAUGUUAAUAAUUAAAUUAAUUUUGAGUUACUAUUAGUUUUUAAAAAAAUAAUUAAAUAUACUUAUUUAUU